AGCAUGUCAUCAAGUUAUUCUGGGAAAUUUUUGCAUGCAAUAAGAAAAUAAUGUGUUAACAUAUUUAUUAAAAAUUAAAUAUAUAUUUAUCGCAUCUGCUUAUUCUCGUGUGGUUAUCACAGAGGGUAUCUGUUUGUUUUUAACGCAAUCCGUAUUCGUGACAGCCGUUUCUAAAAAUAGAACAUGUGUCGGAACCAAAACAUCGAAAAGUACUAAGUAGGUGGUAAAGACUCAGAGAGCGAAGCACAUGUAAGGGAUAUUUCUCUUUGUACGUAGAGGGAAUGAUUUGAGACUUCAGUUUUAGCCGUGACCAAGUACAGGCUUCUAAAGACGUGACAUGUAAAAUCUGUUGACUAUUACAACUAUUAAAAAAUACCUUGUCUGGGAUUAUUGAAAAUCUAACACGAUAAUUCUGCUGUUUUAACACAACCAACUCCUGCAUAAUUAUUAUCAUGACCAGAAUAACAUUUAAUUCAAGCCACAAUCCACAAGGAAGACAAAAUGGCUGACAUAGUCUCAGUGUUCUCAUGGUGGUAACACGUAGCCACUAUUGUGUUAUGAAGAUGAAGGGGAACAUGUUUCGUGACCAGGUGAACUCUGUGACCUCAUGGUUUGGGGAGUGGAGCACGUGUGAGCAGACAGUGGUUCUGUACUCGCUGCUGAAAAUGAUACCGCCUCACCACUGUCGCUUCCUCGCCCAGAUGCUGCAGCAGAGAAUAAAGGACGACAAGGAUGUGGAAACGCACGAGAAACAAGCCAACGAUCCAGAGUACAUUAGCAUGCUGCAAGAAUUCCCAAAGGAGAAAGUAAUUCAGGAGCUGUUAGUUCACUUGCCUUUACUGCACGCGGGGAACUCUGAGGCGAAGAAGGAAUACCUCGCCAUCAUCCCCACCAUACUGGCCCACUCCAUCAAGAACAGCAUAUUCAUUGAGGAGAGUCGCCAGCUACUGUCAUACUCACUCAUUCAUCCUGCCAUCACCUCGGAGGAGAGGUCAAAGUUUAACCUGUGGCUGUGCCAGUUGGACGAGAGUUUUAGCGGCAAUUAUCAUCAUUCGCCUUCGAGUCAGGGUAACCGUGAAAGCUCACCGAGUCACAGUCCUGGCCAAGGUCAUGGUCAACUUCAGGGUCAAGUUCAAAAUAUGCCCUUUUCCCAUCAGACUGAGAAUAGCAACUCUUUGAGGACCCAUAUGGCGCUGUCUAAGCGAGCCUCAGUGGGGAGUGUGCCAAACAUGAACGGAUGGAAUAAUGUGAUGUUUCACACAAACGAUUCAAUAUACAUGAAUGGUGUCGAAGGUCACGGGGUAGGUCAAGGUCAGGUGCAGUCUGGUAGCCAGGGCAACCUGUACAUGGGGAUGGGGCAUGGCCAGGGUGUAGCCCCUACCCAGGGUGGUGGUGGUGUAGCUGGUCAUAUGCCACUCAAGCCCACCCUGUCUGCUCCCCCAAACUUCAGUGCCAUAGUGCCACCACCAACAUCUCUCCCUUGCUCAACGUCUGGUAGCGGCAGUCCUGUGGCCCCUCCCUCCAACAGUCACCACGCCCCCCUGCGACGCAUGCCAUCCAUGGCCCCUCCCGCCUCCCUGCCAGUCACCAGCUCUGUGCAUGACUGGCUCCAGUCAAACCACGCCCACCUCACACAAAGCCACGCCCAACUAACACAAAACCAGGGUCAUGGGUCAGGGCGACCCAUGCAUCAUGAGGCCCUGUCACGCCCCCAUGAAGCCCUGACACGCCCCCUCUCGGGUCUGUCUGACCACGCCCCCCUGUCACCACAGAGCAGCACGGCCAGCUCUGGAAGUGGCAGCGACCUCCAGGGAGAGGACUGCGGGCCCCACCCUGCCAGGAAUACCUUCGUGGAGGAGGGUAGCGGUAUGAGGGAUGUGCCAGUCUGGCUGAAGAGCUUGCGCCUGCACAAGUAUGCCUUUCUGUUCCAACAGCUUUCAUAUGAGGGAAUGCUCAACAUGAAUGACGAAUGGCUGGAGGCGCAGCAUGUAACCAAAGGUGCUAGAAACAAGAUCAUGCUGUACAUCAGGAAGCUCCAAGAGAGGCAGGAGACUCUCAGGAAACUGGAGCAGACUCUGCGUGACGGAGGCUCAGUUCGGGGCUGUAUACAGGAGAUGAGGGACAUACUGCGGUCACCCCUGAAGACGUUUCAAGUCCCUGCCCCGGAGUCACCCCUCCCCUCCCUGGGGCCUACGGGAGAUGGGGACACCAUACAGGAGGGGGAUAUCCCCGCACAGUUCACACGACUUAUGACGAAAGUGUACUCCCAGCUGAUGCUAGCCAGUCCAUAUGAUGAUGAGGGCCUGAACACCUUUCUACAGCUCAUAGACAAGUGUAUCAACCAUGAGGCAUUUUCACACAAGCAAAAACGUUUGCUGGACUCGUUCAAACAACAGGCCCGUAAAAUCUGGCAACCAGCGCCAAUCAAGUAUGGCUUCGACAAGAAACCUCGACCCUACUGGGGUAACACGUUCCCUAUUGGCAACUCCUACUCAUCGCGUCCGAUGUUCAGGCAGGGCUUUAAACCCCCAGUGACCCAGCACCACAGCCUUGGGCCCCAGUGGAGCUUUGGUGCCCGGAGGGCCAUGGUGGGAGGCAUGAACUCAGUGGCACAUCUUCCACUGCACCGCAACAACUCCCACAAUACAGCUGUCUUCUCCAGGCCAAGUGUGCUGGAGCAACAGAGUCCUCCGCAGAAGCAGCCACUCACUCACACCCAGUCUGCCCCUCUUCGUUCCCAGGGGUUCAUGUUCACAGGGGCGCCCCCACCCCAUUGCGUUCCCAUGGUGACAGACACUGAGAUCAACGCGCGGCUGGAUUCUCUGUGUCGUAGCGUUACGGAAUGCGCCCUUUCAGGAUCAGACGGCAAUGAGCGUGGCUCAGCCUAUUGAUCUACAUGUCUUUAUCGAGCAGUCACAGUCCAGUGAUCACCAUUUAGUGAACCUUAACUUGAGGACUGUAAUCGAGCAGUCGCAGUUCAGCGAUCACUUUAGUCAAUUAUUACCUGUGGUCCUUUAUCGAGCAGUCAUUGUCCAGUGAUCACCGUUUAGCCAACCGUGAUAGCAGUACCUUUAUCAAGCAGUCACGCACCAGUAAUAAAUGCUCUGUCAACAAUGACCUGCAUACAGAUAUUAAGAAGCCAUGGUUGAGUGAUCAUUGGUUAGUCAACCCUGACCUGCAUACCGAUAUGCUUCAAUUCUGCAGCCAUACAAGUGCUUUAACUCUCACCAUAAUUGAAAUGUUCAUCUACUUGUACAUUUGUUUCUAUUUAAACUGUUCACACAUCUGGUGGUGCUCCAAAUCAGAUGAUCCUCAUGAGUUAAAACCCUUGCUUCUGACGAUAUGUGCCUCGCUUUGGGAAAACAGGUCUGAACAUAUGUGGGUAGUGUCAAAUCAAAUUUUCUAGCUAAUAGGGAGGAAUUCUUUUGCUGAAACUGGAUUUUUGUUAAAAGAGACCUCCUUUGAACAAAAAUGUCCUUAAAAGUGGAAAGUGUCGUCCUUGAUUAGCCUACGUGGACUACAAAUGCUAGUCUCAACACUUUACGCCAUGCAUUAGGCUCCGUUUUCACAGAGAGAGAGACUCAUAUGUUUGCUUUAGCAUUUGUUGCUUGAUGUUGGUGAAAGGUUGUUAGGUUGCUUCCAAACUCUUCAGACAUGGUCUUGUUUUUGUGAAAUUCAAGGCCAUCAUUACUUCCUUUAUUUUUUUCAGAAAUUUUAUUGUUCAGUGUAUGACACAUUAUUUUGCAAUCAAAUUAAACUAAAUACAUGUAAUGAGAACGUGUGAAGGAGAAUGCUGAUACACUGUAAAUCCAAUAUAAUGCGCAACUUUGACAAGUUGAACAAAGCAUGUUUCAUUUCAUUCUUAUUUGUAGACAAUAUGUAUUUAAUUAUUGUCUACUAAAAUGCUCUUGAAAACAUAGCAGGCAAAGAGAAAUUAAAUAAGUUAUGAGAAAUCCAGACGAUUUAGUUACAUGCACAAGCAGGGUAAUAGUAAACAGAAAUUUACUUUCAUUUUCAGCAGGUUUUCAGAAAACAAGUUUUUUUUAUGACUUCGUAUGAGGCAAUAAAACAUCGCUUCCUAUCGUAGUGCAUUCAAGUUAUGGAUACAAUUUGGUUUAUAUGCAUGUAUUAGCGAAUUAAUGACAACACCAAGUAUCAGUUAAUGAGCUAGCAACGUUUAUUGCAGAUCUGUUUUUAACUAUGCCCUGUGGCUAGUAUCCGGUCAUCCGCAUUAUAUUGGACUUACAGUGUGUAGCAUUAAAAUGCUUUCAUAUCACCAGAAAUGUGUCAUAACAUUGUUAUUCUAUGUUUUAAUAACAACUUAUGAAUUUCAAAUUCAUUUUCUUGUUGAAUUGGACGUAGUUAAAUUUCUAGGAACCUCUUUAUAUUUUAUUUUCUUGUACUUUUAUGAAAUGUGACAACAAUUUGAGUAGUUAUUUUAAUACUGAAUUAGAUAUCAUAUACAUUGCAUGUUUCUUCUGGCAUUACUAGUGAUUUUGUGUGGGACAUUAUAAGUUUAUGAUACAGUUAGCAUAUUGAAUACUGUCUUGCUUUCCCAGCAAGCAAAGGGUUAACUAACUGAAUUAAAUUGUUUAAAAAAAAUUAAAUGUUGAUAGCACGUGCUCUGGUUUGGUAGAGUGAGCACAGGGACAAUUUUGUCUGAUCUUGAUUGGCCAGUUGAAAUUUUGAAUCUUAAUUUUACUUGUUUUUUGUUGUGUAUUUCAUAUGUGUUGCUUUUUUUCCUGUUAUAAUUAUUAGAAUUCGAAAUGGUCAACUAAUGAAAUGACAAAAAAUGAAUGUAAAAUUAUUUUAUAAAAAAAGCGGGUUACUCAUAACUGGACACAUAUUUGGGAUUUAUUUCCACCUUCACCUAUGGAUUCAGUUAUCGCUCUUUCUUUUACAUCAGUAAAACUGAUCUUUCUAAUUACUUUUUGUUUAGUUUCCAAAAUAUAUGAGUGCCAUAUUUAUUUAAAAAACUAACGGUAACAACACAAUGCAAGUGUCAGAGUUUCAAAAGCUCUAUGAAGAAUUAUAACUCAGAAAUGACAGAAAAAUGUUUUUGAGAGUUAAAUUGGUUAUGCUGAGGUUAAAACAUUAUUCAUUAUAGCAGAAAUGCUUUAUGUAUGUAGAUGUAAAUAAUAUCAUGAUAAUAUAAUUUUAAACGUUUAAUGUUUCUGAGGUAUUCAUAUUUUCUUGGGCACAUUGCGUGCUUACAACAAUAACAUAUAACAAUGUACAUAAUGAAGACUGCAGGUACAGUGUCUUGUACAUGUAUAUAUCAACUCACUGUUAUGUUUGAAGUUUGCUGUUGUUGUGUUUCCAUAUAAUUCUGUGAAUCAUGUUACAGGAUUCCCAGGUUAAACACCACUAUAAUUGUAUCAAUGUUUUUUGUGUUUGAUACUUGUUCAACCAUCAUUGCCUUGAAAUGGAAUGACAUAAUCAUGUGAAAUUUGAGUGUGUGUGAAAAUUACAUUAUUUUCCAGAAAGAUACAUUAAUGUAUGGAAUGUUAUGUUUGGGACAUAUUUGUAUUUAUUACAAUACCUACAUGUACCUGUAUGAUUAAAAUGUAUGUGGUUACAAUGCAUGCAAGAUAUUUCAAAAUUCAUAAUAAGUUGACUGUUUUCAAGCAUUAUUUUUUUUGUAUUAUCGUAUUCAUGCAUACCCAUUUUAUAUAUAAUAUAUAUACUAUAUUUAUAAUUUUUCAUUUGACUUGGUUCAUGAACAAAGUUUAGUUACCUUAAUGAAACAAUUUUGUUCCCGAGUUUGUGAAUUAAGUGAAACAGUGCUUAUAACAAGUUGGUAAAUGUAAUUUUCCAUUUGGCCUUUAUAAAUAAGAUUUGUGUCAAAGCAUUCAUGAUGGACUUGCCAAAAAAGAACAUGUAAUAACUAACAUGUUUGUUUAGAAUUUUCUUAAAUCUUUUCAAGGUUGUUUUCACUGUGAUGGAACAAAAUGAACAUGUCAAAUGAAAAAGCCAAAAAUAGUAUUAUUAACUGGCAUUUCUGUUAGAAUUUUCUGAUAUCUUUUUGAUGUUGUUUUCACUGUGACAGUGAAUAACAAGUCUUAAUAUAGUUAUUGCAAAUUAUUUGAUGUUGUUUUCACUGUGACAGUGAAUAACAAGUCUUAAUAAACUUUAAUUGCAAAUUACAAAUUAGUACUCCCAUGUAUGUUAUAGUUUGUAAAUGUGCAUGGUAGAGCCAACAAACUUCUGCUACUAGUUCUGUGUGUUUUAACCCUGUCCCACUCAGAAGCAAAGUGAAAAUGGCUAUGUGCAAACAGCAUAAAACCAGAACAGCCUGGGCGCAACUCUAAGUCUGUUCAGGUUUCAUGCUGUUUGCUGCUCAUCAGUAUCUAAGGGUUGGAAAUGAAGCCUUAACAACUUGAAUAUAGUUAGAAAUGUCCUUCAUAAAAUUCAACUUUCUAGGGACAACAAAUGCCUCAAAAUACGUAUCUAAGUGGUAAAGGGUUGAUGUCCAUUUUCAAUGAGAGUUGACUCAACGUAGGUAUCGAUGAUUCUGGUGCACAGAGUCAUGGCUUUUGUUUUGCCCAACUUAAGAGUUUGCAAUUGUGUGGAAAUGUUCUUAUUUUAAAUAGGGCUUUGAAAUUAUACUAAAAUGUAUUGGUUUAACUAGCUCAAAGUUGACACGUUUGCACAUUUUUUUAUGACACUUUAAAAAAUAUAGUUUGUGUAACAUGUAACAAGAAUUAAAUGUUUCUGUAUUCUGGUCCAUUAAUGGUGAACAAAUUGAAAUAUAAUUAAAAAAGCAGGCUUAUAGAGCUUAGUUGAUGAAUUUUUGUACAAGAUUAACAUACAUUUGACGUCAUUGACAGUAUGUUUGUACAAGAUUAACAUACAUUGGACGUCAUUGACAGUAUGUUAGUACAAGAUUAACAUACAUUGGACGUCAUUGACAGUAUGUUUGUACAAGAUUAACAUACAUUCGACGUCAUUGACAGUAUGUUAGUACAAGAUUAACAUACAUUGGACGUCAUUGACAGUAUGUUAGUACAAAAUUAACAUACAUUUGACGUCAUUGACAGUAUGUUUGCUUUGUGAAAUUCGUUGUAUGCCUUAAUUGGGUUGACACAUAUUUAAAGAGUAGAUGUUAUGUAGACCAUGCCAUAUUGUUUUUAUUAGGUAAUCUUAUUUUGUAGACUAUCAUUGUUUGACUAAGUAGCCUUUAGAUUGUGUCUCUUUUACCAUUGAAUGGUCAAAUCAUGUUAUAAAUUAUUUUUAAAAUACUGAGUAUUGAUUAAUAUUUUAAACAAUCUUGUUGAAAAAGUGUCUGUUAAAAUGCUUACUUUUUUUAAGGUUGAACUUUGUUAGAUAUUGUUUGUUAAGGAUUGUAAUAGGAAGCACAUCCAAAUCCUUUGGGUUUGGUGAAGUAAAUGAAAACAAUAUCCAGUAGUAUUGGAUUUUUGUAAUGCAGGUUUAAUGUUUGUUAAAAUAGUUUAAUUGUUUCUUUUUUCAGGUUAAAAUGUUCCUUGUUACUUUUUCCCUUAAAAAAAAUAACAAAAAAAUUCACCUUAACAGUUAUCUUAAAGUUUAAAUGAAAAUAAAAAAAACAAAUGUAAGUUUAAAUUUGAUCAAAGUGUUAGUGUUAAUCUGACUCAAGUUCUUGUGUUUUAUUGUUAGUUUCUUGUUUGAUGUUAAUUCUUGUCAUAAGUUUCUAUUAAAUCACUGCCAGAAACAAUCUACCAGCUGCCUCCCUGAGAUGUAUUUGAGUCAUUUAAUAAGUUAUGACUUACAAAAAAUAAAACAGUUCAAAAUACAUUUGAGCCUUGCACUUCGACAAAAUGGACUUAAUGGAUAUGUGUAAUGGAUGUUUGUAAAGUGUCAUUCAACACAGGCUAAAUAGGCUGACACCUUCUGUUUUUUAGAGUCUUUCUUUAAAGCAAGUGUCUUCUUAAUGGAAAUAAAGUCUAGGCGGAGUGUCAUCCCUUAUUAGCCUUUUCAAACUGCAGAGGCUAUUCUGGGACGCCACUUCUGGGACGCCACUUUGUGCACAUGAAUUAAACUCCUUUUUGCCAGAGCAAGGCUCAUUUUGAAGUAAUUUUUAAUUAGGGAGGCACACCAGGGUAACACUGAACAUUGUCCACUGUAUAGACAGUCUGUGUAGUAAUGUAUGAUUAGAGCCUGGCUCUGGGAAAACUGGGCUUAAGGCAUAUUUGUACAGUGUAGUCCCAGAUUAGCCUGUGCAGUCAACACAGGCUAAUCAGGGACGGCACUUUCAACAUAGACUGGAUUAAAAGUUACUUUCUUAAAACUAAAAAUUCCAUUAAAGUGGAAAGUGUUGUCCCAGAUAAGCCUGCACGGACAACACUGUACACAAUGCAAUAGGCCCAGCCUUACCAGUAUUUCCUUGUGAAUUUCAAACACACCGGUUGUGCAGGUAACCUAUAGAUUUUAUACAUAAUCAUGGCAUAAAUGAGUGAUAAAUGUACCCAGUUUUCAAAUGUGAAAUAAAUUUGAUACUUAA